AUGGAUUUGUAAUCAAAUUUUAGUAAAAGAAUAUCUGACAGAAAUGGAUUUCAUUUAUAUGUAGAGAGAGCAAAGAAUUUGAUUUUCACUGUGGCCUCUCAAUUAUUACAUGAGGAUUAAUAACCUUUAAUGUGGAACCUUAUAGCUAUAAUUAUCUAAUAUUUUUAGCUAACUUAUUUACUAUUUAAUUCUAAGAUUUAGAAUAUAUGGAAAAAUCAACCUGUAUCAGAUGCUAUCAGCUAUUUUCUCUCGUAUAAAAUUUAUAAAUAAUUUUAGGUGUUUCCUUCUUUCUCCAUACACAACUCUAUAAAAUUACUCGUUGCUUAUCAUUUUGCUUUAUCUUUGUAUUGGAAUUUUUACUUUUUCAAUGAUGCUAACAUUUUUUAUAGGAUUAGGGCUUAACAAAAAGAAAUAAGAAAAUAAUUGGAUUAAAAAAGGCUUAAAAAUAUUCAUAAAUUUAUUCCUAUCAAUACUUUAUUUACCAAUUCUUGAUAUAUUUAUAACAAUAAUAGACUGUGGUUAUGACAAAAAUGGAAUUUAUAUACAUAAUUAAUUUUAAGAAUAAAAAUGCUGGACUGAUACUCAUAUUCUUCAUGGAAUAGUGGCAAUUUUAUUUGCAAUAAUAUUCUAUGGCUAUUGUGUUUGUUUUGCCUUACUAUAUUAUGAAUCAAAGUAUGAACCAACAAAUCCAAAUUCAAAAAUGAGUGGAAGACCAUUAAUGAUGUUAUUUACAUAUGAAUUAAUCUAAACCGUUACUCAAAAAUUGAUUGAUGGAAAAAACAAUUAAUACUUUUAGAUUAUUUUUCUUUUAGGUGGAAGUUUAAUAAUUUUUUAGAAAUUUCACACAGAAUAACCUUACAAUCAAAAAAUGAUAUAAAAAUUUUGGUCUAUUUCUGUUACUUUAAAUGUUUGGGGAACAUUAUUACUCUGUUGUUCUAUGUUUUUAGAAAAGGUAAUUUUUAGUGGGAUUAUAUAUGCAUUCAUAUCUGGAUUACCAUUACUUAUAUUUACAAUAUUUAGAAUGGAGAAAUUAAACUUUGAUUUAUUAUUGAUAAAUCACUCUAAGGUAAAUGAUGUCUAAGAAAUAAUUAAUCAAACUAAUUAUUUAAUUAAAUUGUUACAUUUCAUUAAGAAAGAUAGUGAUGCUUAAAUAAUAGUUGAUGGAUAUUUAGAAAUACAUAGAGUAACUUGUGUGAGGGAAGACUGUUAUUUGAAAAUAAAAAAUUAACCAAAUAUUAGAUUGACUAAUUCUUUAUUAAGAGAUUCAACUUUAACAGAAAGAGAAACAGAUUUAAUAUUUGUAUUAGGAUAAAUUUAUUAUAAUUAAAUUAAAAGAUUCCCAGAAUCAACUACUUUAAGAAUAAGAUACUCAUUCCUAUUAUCUGAUUACAUGAGAUAAUUAUAAUAAGCAUUUAAUGAACUUACUUAAGCUGAAUAGAUGAGUCCUUCUUUUGAUGAAGAAUUUGUUGUUUUAAGAAAGAAAUUUAUAAUUUAAGAAUAAUUAGAUUCUUUUUAAAAUGAAAAUUUUGGUAAAGUUGAUGUAGCUUCAUAAAUAUCUUUUUAAAAUAAUUAUAGGUAAUUACUCUAAUAUAUUGAAUAAACUACUUUAUCUUAAAUGGAAUUUUGGUCAGUUUUACAAGAAGAUUUUCCUGAUCUUGCUAAGGUAUAUUAAGUUGGUUAAAAAAUUAACAAAUUGUUAAAGCUAAUAGAUAUAUUAUGGAUUAAAAUAUAGAAAGGCACUUCUAAUAUAUCUAAGGCAAUGAGAUUAUAUGGUUAAUUUAUAAAUGAUGUGUUAUAAGAUGAAGAUUAUGGAUAACAAUUAUUAAAAAAAUCAGAAUAAUACUAGCAAUAGAUUUAAUAAAGAAAAAAACAGAUUAUAUAAUUUAUUGCAGGAGAUGAAAUAGGAUUUGAAUAAUAGGCUACUGUUAUUGUAUCAACAUCUAUUGAAAAAUUUGCUUUAGUUAUAACACUUAAUUAAUCUUGUUGCCAUCUUAUUGGUUAUACUAAAUAAGAAAUUAUCAACAGGAAAAUAAAUUUAUUUAUGCCUAAUUUGUAUUAGAAAUUUCAUGAUUAAUAUAUUGAGAGAUUUCUCCUUACAAGUGAUAUAAAAAAUAUCAAUAAAGAUCGAUUUAUAUUUCUUAAAGAUAAACAAAAUUAUAUUUUACCUUGUUAUAUCGUUUUAAGAAUUUUACAUACUAUAGAUGAAAAUGUAAAUUUGGCAGCUUAAUUUAUUACUAUCAAGGCCUUUAAACCAACCUGUUAUUUAAUUAUUGAUUAAGAGUAUAAUAUAGAUUCUAUAUCUGCAACUGCCAUUUAAUUGUUAGGUAUGGAAAAUAAAUAAGUUAUCAAUAAAAAAUUAAGAUUUGAUUUGUUAUUUCCUGAGUUUAUUGAAAAUUUUUUAAUUUAUAUGUCAAAAUUUGGAGGAAAAAUAAAAUAUGAAUAAGAUAAUUUUUAAAAUUAAUUUUAAUAGAUUAAUUAAAUCAUGAUUGAUAAGUAACAAGAAUUCCUUUGCGUAGUUAGAGAAAUAGUGAAUAUUACUACAAAUGAAGUUAUGGGAUAUUACAUUAAAUUAGAAUUAUGUGAAUAAGUAUUUUAGAAUUCGAAGGAUCUUUUAUAACCAUAGAAAUAGAUAUAAUAAAGUCUAUAAUUUAAAUAUAUUGUAAAUUAAAAAUUAUAUUUGGGUGAAUUUGUUGAUGAGAAUAAUUCUAAGUUAUCUUAAAGUAUUCUAUGGGAUUAAAUUGAAUAAUCUUCAUUAAGUUCAUCCAAUUAAAUUGUUAAUGAAACUACUCAUUAAGAAUCACAUAGACGAAGAACAAUAAGAUUAUCAGUUCAUGAUAAACCUAUCAUAAAUUAUGGUGAGAAUAUUAGAGUUCUUCGUCUUUUUUAAAAUUAAAUAUAAGAAAUAGAUGAUAAAGAUAAUAUUAUUUCUGAUGAUGAAGAGAAAGAGAGCGUUUUUUAGGCAUAAUAAGAUUUAAAUCCAAUAAAUGAUUAAGAAUAAAUAGAAAAUAACAUUUUUCGUUCUAGAAAAAACUUAGAGAAUAUUAUCACAUCUACUGCUACCCCUAAAGUUAUAAAAAAAGUUAAAUGGAUUAGUAACAUAAUUAUCCUUAUAAUACUAACUUUAUCAUUUAUUGAUUAUUUCAUAGCAAUCGAUCAAACUGAUUAAAUAUUUAAUACAAUAUUGUUGGUUAAAGAUGGAAAUUUUAGAAAUAGUGAAUUAGGUAUCAUUUUAAGUUCAAUUUUUAACUUAUAAUUAUUAAAUAGGAAUGUAUUUAAUUUAACAACAGAUUAAGCUCUAAUUUAUGAAUAAGAAUAAAGAAAGAUUAUUAAUGAUUCCAUAAACAAUAUCAACAUAUUGAAUUAAGAAAUCAUUUCUAAGUCAAGUAGUUUAACAUCUCAAAAUUAUGAUUUUGAAUUUGCUUCGAAGAAUGUAAAAAUUCAACUAAAUGAUUAAGAUCAAUUUGAAUACUAUGAUUUAAAUUAAGCAAUUUAACAAGUUCUUAGCAAAUCAUUGGCAAUAAGAGAUAAAAAGUUAAACUUUAUAAGUCAUAUGGAUUCAGAUGUUAAUUUUGUAGUAAGAAAUUGGUUGAAUAACUUAUAAUAUUCUUUAAAGGAAUCCCUAAAUAAUUUAAUUGACAAUUUAAUAUAAAAAACAAUGGAAAAAAUUAGUAUUUUCGUUGUUUUAUUAGUAGUUUCUAUUUCAACAAUUAGUAUUGGAUUGUUUUUAUUAAUAAUUGCACUUUUAUCUGUUUCUCGUUCUUAAAGUGAGAUAGUAAGUUUAUUCUUGGAUAUUCCUGAUAAAACUAUAAGAUAUUUAUAUCAUAAAAGUGAAAACUUCCUUACAAAUCUUCAAAUAGGAGAGGAUGAUGAUCUAAUGUCUGAAAAUGAUGAAAAUAUAGAUAAAGAAGAAAAUGCUUAAUUACAAAAGACUUUGAAAUCAAAAAGAACUAAAAAAAAGUAUAAAAAUGCAAAUAAAGAAUACAAGUACUUUAUUUAUAUAAUAACAUUCAUUUUAAUAGUAAUAUAAGGAUAUUUUAUUCUUACAUAUUUUUUAAGUGGAGCUACAGUAUAAAAUAUUCAUACUUUAAGUGGAGAAUUCAAUUUGACAGCCAGAACUGAAUAAUUUUAUAGAUUUUCAGAGAUUUGUUAAAGAUCUUUAUUUUAUUCUCGAAAUAUGAGUAUACUUGAAAAAGAACCUUAUGAUGUUAUUGUUGAUAAUUAGGAUGAAUUAUAUUCUCAUAAUUCUUAUAUGUAAUAACUACAUUCAUUAAAUAUUGAUUUGUUAUAAUAGAAUUUUGUAGAUUCAUUUAAUCAAUUAUAUAUAGAUGAUCCUUGUCCAAUAGUGAUUCAACAAGAAUAAUCAAUUAAUGUAGAAUCUUGUUCUUUAGCAAUGGAUAGUGGUUUUUCAUAAGGUUUAAAUGUUGGUGUUCCAAGAUUCUUUGAAAAUUCAAGAUAUUUAAGGACUAUUUAUGAUUAAUUCUAUAAUAAUCCAAAAGCUAACUUUACAGCUUUGGCUAGAGGUUAUGCAAUAUUUAGAAAUAUUACAAAAGAUAAUGACAAUAGUACAAAUUUCAUUCUAAAUCUUAAUAAUUUUUUACAUGCUAAAGAAAAUCGAGAAAUACAACAUCACUAUUUUAAAAGUAAUGAAAUAUAUAAUAAUAUUAAGGUGUAUUUAGAUACUUAACAAAUUAAUUCAUUGAAGGACUUAAUAAUGAAUUGGGAAAUUUAAAAUUAUAAAGAUUAGCUAUUUUUAUACUUUUUGAAGCUUUACUUUUUGUGAUUUAUUUUUUACUAUGGUUACCUUUAGCUUUAAAGAUGACAAAAGAUAUAUGGAGUACUAGAGCAAUGAUAUUGAUGAUCCCUUUAAAAAUUAUCUUAAGGAUUAGAUCUAUAAAAGAUUAUAUAAGAAAUCAAAUAUAAGAAGGAGAUUAAGAUACUUGA